UAGGGUUUGAACACAUGGCGGGAGACACUACCGCGUCUCCUGAUACAAUGUAUUGUAUGAUAAGAAGAUCGGUUACAAAUCUUUUUAUGAUAUAAAACGAUUAGUUUUCAUUUUUUCUUUUUGAGAACAGUAACAAACAUGAAAACUUUCCAAGCACCUCUAGCGGGAAAAUAUUCCAGUCUUCAAAAAAAUUUCGGCUUACAUAUGGGACAGCAAAUCUCUUCUGCAAAAUUGGCAACCGAGGGACAGCAAAUCUCUUUUGUGAAAAUGGCAACCGAGGGACAGCAAAUCUCUCCUGUAAAAAUGGCAACCGAGGGACAGCAAAUCUUUUCUGCAAAAAUGGCAACCAUUAAACAGUUUCCGGUUGCAAAAUCUUGUAGUGCACAAAACAUAAGAAACUUCAAUACCUUUAAUGAAAAGGAAAAUGAUAAAAAUAACACAAACGUAAACAUAAAUGCAGAUUUAUUAAUAAAGACUCAAAGUCAAGUACACUCAUCCGAUAUAUCAGAAACAAAUUCCGUAUCAGAAUUAAGUACCUCUGCCGCUGUACAGAAGAAAGAUUUAUUGUCAAAAAGAAAAGUAAAAGGAAAACAACCGGAUGUUUUGCAUAAUGCAAUUUGUAAGGUAACAUUUUUAUUGGAAAACAAAUAUUCAACUUCUUCGCAAUCUACGCUAAAGCCCGAAGUAGAAGAAGAUGUAGCUUUUUGCCAGUUAAUACUCUCAACACUAAUAAAUAUGCCACCAAACACAAAAAACAGAUAA